AUGGCCAGCAACGAAAGCAACAAGCUCCGCAUCAUCGUCGUCGGCGGCGGCAUCGCAGGCCUCGCCGCCGCCGCCGUACUCCGUCAGCGGCACGAGGUGCUUGUAUACGAGCGCGAUCCCGCCUCGGCGCCUGAGCGCGGCGCGGGCCUCGGCAUCGGCCCCAACGGCAGCAGGAUGCUCAAAAAGGCGUUCUACUUCCGCCCGGAGCACGUGAAAGCCACGGUGUGCGCAGGGUCCAGGACGUACGAUAAGGAGGGCAACCUGGUGCGGGAGAUGACGGGCGUGACUGAGCCGUUCGGUGGCGAGUGGCUUCUGAUGCAUCGGACGGACCUGAGGAACGAGUUGCUGAGGCUCGCGACGGGGGACGCGGCGAAGCUGGGGAUUUCCGGGCCGCCGGCGACCGUCGUGAACGGCGUCGAGGUAACGGGGAUCGACGUCGAAGAGGGGAUGGUGAGGUUGGAUAACGGGGACGAGGUUUUCGCGGAUGUCAUUGUCGGAGCUGACGGCAUCCACUCCCUCGUCCGGCAGGCCAUUGUGGGCGAGCCCUCUCAUUUUCUCUCGACUGGCGUCUCGCUCUACCGGUUCACGUUCCCGCUCACCAGAGCUCAUGAGAUUCUCAAGGGGUACCCGGCGGCGAUAGAUCCGUCCAACGGCUGCUUCUUCAACGUGAUGACGGCGGACGACGAUACGAACCGCAACAUUAUCUUCUACUCCUGCCGGGACCUCGCCACACUCAACGUCGUCGCGCGGGUGCCGGACUCGAUGCUGUCGGUCGAGAGCAUGACAUCCUGGAACGCGGAGGCGAACCCGGAGGAGAUGCUCGACCACUUUUUCGACUUUGCACCGUGGAUCCUGGACAUAAUGAAACACGUCGAAGACGUCCACCUCUACAAGGUCAAGGACACAUCUCCGCUGCCGACGUACACGCGCGGGCGCGCCCUGGUGGUCGGCGACGCGGCGCACCCGAUGACGCCGUUCCAGGGUCAGGGCGCGACGCAGGCGAUCGAGGACGCCGAGGGCCUGCGGUUGCUCCUCCACGACGGCGUCGACAGCGAAAACGUCGACAACGUCGACCGCGCGCUGCGGACGUGGGACUCGGUGCGGCGGCCGCGGGCGGCGCAGGUGCAGCAGAACUCGCGGCACGUCACCGACAUGUCGGCACAGGCGCAGCUGGACCGGAUGAGGCUAAACUGGACGUACGGAGGGAUCCACGCGGCGUUGCGGAACCGGUGA